AGUGCUAGAGAUAACAGCGAAUGUACAAUGAACAAGAGCUCAGAGAACAAGUGAACAGCUGAACAAACGAGUGAACACGAUAACUCACCAAGGGCACCUGAACAACUCGGCUUAAACGAGACCGACUGAACAGGGAAGCUAAACAGCCAAUUCCAUAAAUCAAGAGAACAAACGAUCUAAACAAAUAGAACAAACCAUCCUAACAAGGCAGUUAAACAUGGAUGCAAACAGAGCCGGUGAUUUGGUGAAGUACGUGACCGACAAUUCGACCAGGUGUUCUGCGGCAACAAAGGAGACGUCACGCAAGACGUGCGGCGUGUGCGGGGACGUGGCCAAGAGCAUGCACUUCGGCGCCGUCUGCUGCGACUCCUGCAAGGCCUUCUUCAGGAGGAGCGUCCAGAGUUCGAUGUGGGAGACCUUCCUCUGCAUCAAGGACGGAGAAUGCGAGGUCACGCAGAACAGGAGGUGCUGCCAGGCUUGCAGAUUCGCCCUGUGUCGUAAAAUUGGCAUGAACCCUUCUCUCGUGAUGAGCGAAGAGGACAGGAAGCUACUGAUGUCCCGACGGCUAGAGAAGAAGAGACAGCAGCUCCAGGAGCACCAUCGACUAAAACAGCUCAGUUUGCACGCAAGUCAAGGGCGGAAUGAGAAUGAAAACAACAAAGAAGGAAAAACGACGUCUUCAGGAGAGCCAAGUGAAGACAUGGAAGUGAAGUGGGACAGCAAAACGGACAGUGAUGGACGUAGUUCUCCUCCGUCAGCACCGGUAAAGGACGAAGUGAAAGAGGAGCAGAUAGAAGACGAACUGGAUGUGGCUGAGAUCGGACCAAUAGUUAUGGACCAGGUGAAGAUCGAACAAGACCACUGCGAGAGGAUGGACGAGUGCAAACUCCCUCGGGAAGAUCUUGAGAGAAUUACUAUGCUGCAGAAACUCCUGAGGAGAGGUCUCAUUUUCCCCGAGUUCCCGCAGCAUUACUAUGAAGAAGACGCAGACGUGAUGGAACACAUUUUCUUCGUUUUUUGCAAGGGCAUGGGCAACUUUUUCAGUCUUAUACCCGACUUCCGCGAGCUCCAGACACAGGACAGGAACAUGCUACUGAAGGAUGCCGUGUCAAAGGCGAUAUUCAUAUUUGGUGCACACCAGUUCCAGCAGGACUACGAGUGCUGGCCGCGGAAACUCUUGUCGCCGUCUUGCACGUUCCCUAAAGUCACGAUGGCAACGGUUAAAAAGUUCUUAGGAGACGAGGACAUUCUGUUCAAAUUGAAGGGUUUCAUGUAUAGAUUCCGGCCUUUCUUCGAGGAUGAGGUGUUGACGCUUCUGAGUCUUAUGGUGGCAGUGUUCGACCAAGAGGGGUCCUCGAUUCCAGUUAGUGCGGAUGUCGCUGAAAGAAGAGAUAAAUACCUGAGCCUCCUGAAGGAUUACGUACAACAGCGCGAUGCAACAGUCCCUCUGGCCUUGAUCAUGUCAGAGCUCAGGACUUGUUUCCAGGAAGUCCAAAAGUUGGUGCAAUGCCUCAAGAACACCAGCAAUAAAGAGGAAGUAGCACCUUCUCGCACCUCGGACGAAAGGGCCUUUGCUAGUUCAUUACACGACCUCGGAGGAGAUUCAAGGCUGCCACCGAAGAAAGCGUUCCACAAAAAGGCCAGCAAAGGGAAUGGACUUGAUUCCCCAGACGUCAUCUUUCUCGAGGAAAUAGAAACUACGUACACCUGGGAAGACACACGAUCAGCAUCAGGCACACCAGUGGGGAAUCAUGUUGCCUAUCAAGACCAUGACUACCAGAGACCAAGUGCCUACACGUCUGUGACUCCUCUGGCAAGGAGACAGACGCAAGAGGCCCUGCCGAUUUUAAGAACGAAAGAGCUGGAUAUCAUACCUCUGCCUGCAGGCAUUCAGCCACAGUAUAGGAGCCUUCGAGGAGAGGCUCCUUACACGUCAACAAACAGUUGCAGAGAUAUCCCGCCGAUAAUUGGACACAAGAGCAGGUCUUUAAGGGAGCAUGUGGUUGAUGGCAUGGCUUUCCCUCUCUCGAAAGACGUUGACCUCAUCAGACACCCAAGGGAUUUUACGAGGAAAUUACAGACACCAUCGCAUCACCCAAAUCCAUCGCCUCGAAAAGUGAAUUCGGUAUCACGCAGCCAGAACACAUUACCCCGAAACACUUCCUCCUUCCAACCCCACAGCCGUAUUCCCCAAGACCUGCAUUCGCCCCCCACGUGUCGAAGCCCUGGGUCCUCUCAGGAGUACCUUUUGCAGCCGAAGUUCCUGCAGCGACAGAGAGACCCCCUCCACCAACCGGAUCUGGCGAGCGAUACUUCAUAUCAAUACCAGAACUACCAGCCUGCCGGAUAUCACGAGACACAGUCCUUCCGCCUAAGGGCCCACCCCUACCAAGAGGAACCACGCCACAGAGUCCCCAAUGACGCACGCAUGCCAAGGUCUGAACGUAAUGCCUGCGAACGAGGACGAACAGAUACUGCAGGUCAUCCAGGGAGUUCUGCCACCACGUCUUGUCACGCAUCUGGCAACAAAACUUGCUUCUGCGCGAAGGACAAGGCAAGAUGACUUGUAAAUGAUAUAUUAUUUUUAUGAAUCAAGUUUGCGGGGUAGAAUAUAAGAUG